AUGGAGGAGAAGAGAGUAGCCGAUUACUUCGUGGUGGCCGGAUUACCCGACGAUCCGGACCCCCUCGACGAGACCACUCUAUCCGAAGGGGGCAACCUCAAGGCCAGCCACGGCCAACCCCCCAUAACCGACAUCAGCGUCAUAUUCCCCAGUUUGGGCGAAGUCGAACCGGACGGUUACGAAACCAUAACGAAAACCCCGACCGGUUUAAGCGCCGACUUGAAUCACGGCAGUCUCAGAACGAUCGAAUGCUUCUUGUGCAUCAAACGAGGCAGAGACAAACCCCCUCUAGUCGAUAUAGGCGUAAUGUACGAGGGCAGGGAAUAUCUAAUGGAGGACGCGGAGGUGGUAAAAAAGACAGUAGGCGGUAACGUAGCGAAUGUAAACAAUUCCACAUCGCAAACGUUCAUAACGUACAGAAGAGGCCCCAAAUCGAUGCCCUGCAACGCGCUCGUGGUCACCGAUAUAUGCGUGGUGAUAGCCAGCAAAGGGGAAUCACCCCCGCACGCUUUCUGUUGCAUCAACAAGAACCUGAACAAAGGCAUCGUGGGCAGCGAUGUGUUCCUGUGCUACAAAAAGUCCACCAAUCGAGCCACCCUUCUCACCUACAAACCGGACGUUCUAUCGAGGUACCCGUUGGUGGAUAUCCCGGAUUUUCCGUUCCCCGAUUCGGUGCCGUUGUUCUGCUUACCGAUGGGGGCCACGUUGGAGUCGUGGCCCAAAGAAGCCUCGCAACCCAGGCCUGUAUUCAGCACAUUCGUAUUGACAGUGUCCGAUGCAAAACACAAAGUCUACGGGUCAGCUGUGACGUUCUACGAACGUCUAUCGGACGAUAAACUCACCGAGAAACAAAGGGAACUGUUGAAGUACUCGAAGGACUCCGAUAGUUUUCUAUACGCCAACAAAAGCAUCUGCGUACUAUCGCAUUGGCCGUUUUCCGAAGAGUUCGAGGAAUGGUUGAGAUUUCUACACGGUAUCGCAACGGACGAUCGACCGCAGAAGAUCCCCAUCGAACGGUACAUCACCCAAUUACUCGACGAGGUGCCGUUCCCGUCGCCGAGGAUCCUCCUGCAGGUCAACAACCACUCGGAUCGCAUCAUUCUCACGCAACCCGAGGACCUGCCUUUGCCCCAGAGCGCCGCCAGUUUCAAGCAGCUCCUCGUCAAUUUGGGCGCCGAGAACUGCCUGCAGGUGUUGCUGUUGAUGCUCACCGAGCAAAAGGUGCUCAUUCAUUCGCUGCGGCCCGACACGUUGACGGCCGUCGCCGAAGCCAUAUCGACCAUGUUGUUUCCGUUCAAAUGGCAAUGUCCUUACAUACCGCUCUGUCCUUUGGGACUCGUGGAGGUUCUACACGCGCCGUUGCCGUUUCUCAUAGGAGUUGAUUCCAGAUUUUUCGAUUUGUACGAUCCCCCUCCGGACGUGAGUUGCAUCGAUCUGGAUACCAAUAUCAUUACGAUAUCCGAAACGCAACGGCAGCUGUUGAACGUGAAAUUGUUGCCCAAGAAACCGGCGAAAAUAUUAAAAUCAACGUUAGAAUAUCUCUACUAUCAAUUGAGGAACAAUCCGUUCAAUAACGCCCAGGAGAGCGCCGUCCAGGACGAUAUCGAAUGCGAAUUCCAAAGGAGAAAGAAACAACACGCUCAAGAGUUGGAGAUACAAGAAGCCUUCCUCAAAUUCAUGGUACUCUCGCUCAAAGGCUACCGAUCCUUUCUUUUGCCCAUCACUAAGGCUCCCACUGUGGGUACCACCGAUCCCGAAGCCUUGUUUCAACUCAACGAUUUCCUCAGGAGCCGAGACAAGGCCAACCAUCGAUUCUUCAUGUUAUUAAUGAAAACCCAGAUGUUUAUUAGGUUUAUCGAAGAGAGAAGUUUCGUGGCGGACGGAGAUCAAGGACUGGCCUUCUUCGAUGAUUGCAUCGAGAAAAUGGGGCACGAAGAGAACACCAAUUACAAGCUGAUCGAAUUGGAUUCGUUCCACAAAAGCGAUAGAACGGUGUUCGUAUUACCGCCGGAAUCGAUCGGAGACGAAGAGUACGAGUACGAAAACUUCGCUCUAAAACGCGAACUGCUCAUCGAAUUCGGCAGGAAAAAGAACCCUCUAUCGUCGCUGUUUCAAUCGAUCGUACCCGGCUCGCCGAUGACCAAACGCACCAAACAGGAGAUCAAAACCGCCCAGAAAUUAGCCAGAAAAUACGUUCGUUCUCCGGAACUCUGGGCUAGAUGCCUGUGCGGUACGAGUCACACGCUCUACUUCAUGGUACUACCGAGCAUGCUGCGUCUGAACGCCGGAAAGGAAAAGGCCAUCCUGCAGCAAUCGUACGAACUACUCGUUCGAGCCACCAAGCUCCGAUUGGCCUGCGACGAGGUGUGCUACAGGUUGAUGAUGCAAUUGUGCAGCGAACAUUCGAGGCCGUUGUUGGCCGUUAAAUUGUUAGUUCUAAUGAAGAAGUUCGGUAUACAACCGAACGCUCUAACAUACGGGUUGUAUAAUCGAUGCGUUUUGGAGGCCGAAUGGCCGGCUUAUUCGAGUUCCAGCCAAUUGUUGUGGAAUAAAUUGAGGAACGUCGUGAUGGGAGCGGCGCAUUUCAGAUGGGCCGCCAGAAAGAAAUCCUCCAUUCACAUGUCCGCUUCGACUGAAGGCAGUACCAGUCUACUAGAUCAAACCGAUCGAGCCACCAGCACGUCCCGUUUAUCGUUGGAUUCCCACGAAGCGAUCCGCGACGAACGUCCUCGGCACGUCCUCAAACGAGGCGCGAGCAUCAUCAAAGGCGAUUUGGGCGGUUUCGCCCAAUUGGAAUUGCCCAACGGGCACCGAGAACCGCCGCGAGACGACGAUAGCGAUAACGUAGACGGUGCGAUCCGCGAAGAUGGCGGCGACGAAGAGAAAAUGGCGGCCGGAACGCCCGACAGUCCGUCCGAACAUCGGUUGUUAUCCAGGUACGAAAGCGCCGCCGAUGCGAAUCUAAUGGAUCAAAUCGUGAACAAGAAGAGUUGUUCGAAAGCGUUGCUGUUCAAUAACAACGCGAUCGAAGAGAAGGGAAGCUGCGAGAUCGAGGCCAAUUCGCCCGGAAAGGUAUCCCGCGAAGUGAUCACCGAAAACGACCCGCUGGGAGCGUUCACGUUGCCCCGCGACGACCAAACCGCGCCGUCCCAACCGUCCCAAACGUCCCAAACGACCGAUUCGCUUCGAAUGAAUCAAAUGAAGAACGAUCUAACGGUGGAACCCGUCCUGUUCAGAUCGUCCGUUCAACGAUCGGCCACGUUCGAGGGCAGCCCGCCCUCCCAGAGUAAAUUACACCGAUCGGAGACGGUGCCGGCGGCGAGCGUCGCCUCCAGCUUGGCCAGCAUCGGCUCCAGCCUCAAGUUGGGCUUCAGCCGCUAUUCACCGUCACGCCUGUCCCUGCGCAAAGCCGAUCUGAAAGUACCGCAACAGUUCAUUGAGAACGCUAUUAACAAUUUCAGUCCGAGUAGUUUGACUAGCAAAAAAUCCAACGAGCUAAUUCAAGGCGGUCUCAGUUCGAUCAAGUCGGCGGCGACGACGAUGGUGAAGAAGAUGGAGGAGAUCAAGGAGGCGAUGUCGACGAAUUCGACGCCCGCCAAGGCGGCGUCGUCGGCGGGCGGCGCGGACGCCGAGACGUCGGAGGGCGUCGAAUGCGAUUCGAACGACGGCGGCAGCGACGGCGGCGCCGGCGCCGAUAGGGGCAGGAAAAUCUCGACGGAGACGUCGGGAAGCUACGGGGGCAGCUUCGUCAAUUUGAAGGAGUACGAGGAGCCGUUGCCGGAGAGUUUGUUCCCCAUGCCCAAGGAAGAUAAAGGAGACAGCGAAUUAGACAUAACGCUAUCGACGUGUUCGCAAUGCCACAACUGCUCGUGCCUGCUCUACGACGAAGACAUCAUGGCGAAUUGGUUCGCGGAGGAUUCCAAUUUGAACACGGUGUGCCAGGUCUGCGACAAAUCCACCGUGCCGUUUCUCACCGUCGCCGUAUCGGACGCCAACCAGCCGUUCAGCAUCCCCUACUUGAACCCUCUGGUGUUGCGCAAGGAGCUGGAGAACGUGCUCGCCCGCGAAGGCGACCUGUGUUUGGCCGAUUCGCGCUUCGUCGACGAACACCCGAUCAUCUACUGGAACCUGGUGUGGGCCUUCGAGCGGAUCAACGUGCAAACGCACCUGCCGAAUUUGUAUUUGCGCAACAAGGCGAACGCCGAGAGCGAACCGCCUGCGAAAUCGAUCGCCGUCGAUGAUCGAUUCGGUAACGGUACCGGUUACAUGGAACCCGUCGAAGAGGGUACCGAUCCCCUGACGCAGGAACUCACCGCGUUGGCUCAAAUGGCGGCGCAGGUGCGGAUCAGGUGCCAUUGGGACGAGCCGGGUCUCCACGCCGAAGGUCCGCCCAUGUACAUUUUGUGGAAAACGAGAGACACCUCUCAAUUUAACUCGAACGGAACGAGUCUUAUAACGAAACCAUUCAUGCAGCAAAUCAUCAACCACAUCCGGCUGAGCGAUCUGGCGGAGCCGGUGCGGAUGCUGACGAAAGAUAGAGCCGACGAGGAGAACACCAAGCGCAAUUCGAUAUACAGGGACAUAUUGUUUUUGGCGUGCAAAGUACUGGGUAGGGCGCAAAUAGACGUUAACACGUUCGAUAAGGAGUACGCGGCUGCGCAUUCGAGGGCCGUGGAACGACACAAUAAGCUCUACAAGCACGACAAACCGAUCGGUUUGGCGGCGUUGUAUUGCAGACAAUAUUUCAGGCCGUUGACGUUGCCUUGA